AUUUGUAGAAGAGAGGGUUUCGGUCCUUGAUGCAGUUGUCUCUUAUUACAGGAUGAUCGGACGGGGAUUGCUGUGCUGGUUAUUACCAGUGGAAAAUGUGGGUACACAAGCUGGUAGUCCUUUCUUUGGCGCUUUCUGGGCUUUACUCCUACAAGUGUCAGGAUGCUUCUAUUUCUGAGAAGAAACAAAACAUACUGAACCUAUUGGCGUGCUGGGAUGACAACUCUGAAAGUGACGUUGAGUCUCAUUCUGGGUAUCCUACUGGUGGAUCGGACUAUGGGUACAGGAGCUGCAAGGAAAUUAAGAGUUCUGACAGAUCUGCAAAGGAUGGAAUAUAUAUUUUGACCACUGAAGAUGGACUGAUUUAUCAGACCUAUUGUGACAUGACAACAAAUGGUGGAGGGUGGACCUUGGUGGCCAGUGUCCAUGAAAACAACAUGAACGGUAAAUGUACAGUGGGAGAUCGCUGGUCCAGCCAGGAAGGAAACAACAUCAACAACCCAAAAGGUGAUGGUAACUGGGCCAACUACGCUACAUUUGGUCUACCUGUUGGAGCUACCAGCGAUGAUUAUAAGAAUCCUGGCUAUUUUGAUAUUACUGCUAAAGAUCUGAGCUUGUGGCACAUUCCCAAUAAUACACCCUUGCCAGAGUGGAGAAAUGCUUCUCUCCUGAGAUAUCGCACAACCAAUGGCUUCUUUAAUUAUGAGGGUGGUAACCUCUUCAAUUUAUACAAAAAAUACCCAGUAGUGUACAAUGCCGGAGCCUGCCUUGCACAGAAUGGACCAGCUAUUCCAGUUGUGUAUGACUUUGGAAGUGCUGAGAAGACAGCAUUAUAUUACUCCCCUAAUGGCGCAAAAGAGUACACUGCCGGCUAUGUUCAAUUCCGGGCUAUUAAUUAUGAAAGAUCUGCCCUGGCUCUAUGUCCAGGUGUGAAGGUGACUGGAUGCAAUGUAGAACAUCACUGCAUUGGAGGAGGUGGUUAUAUCCCAGAAGGAAACCCUGUUCAAUGUGGAGACUUUGCUGCCUUUGACUGGAAUGGUCAUGGAACACAUGUUGGAUGGAGUAGCACCAAGGAAAUAACUGAAGCAGCCGUCCUCCUCUUCUAUCGCUAAUAUGGGUGAAUUACCAAAUGUUUUGCUUCAGGUCUGGAAAAUGUGAAGAAAUAGCAUUUUAUAACCUGUCUUUGUUAUAAGAUCUGCAACUGUAUUUUUUUUGUAGAAUUUUAAAGCUAUGGACAGUUUUGCAUUGAUUUUUUUUUAGUUCCUUUGUUUCCUGAAUCGAAAAUGAAACAAUGUUCCUCUUCUAUCGUUAAUCUGGGUGAAUUGCUACAUUUUUAGCUUCAGGUCUGAAAAAUGCUGAAGAAAUGAAAUAUUAAAAUCGGACUUUGAGCUACAACUGUAUUUUUUAGUAGAAUUUUAAAGCUAUGGACAGUUUUGUGCUGAUUGUUUUAGAUAAUUUGUUUACUGAAUCCAAAAUAAAACAAUUUUCG